AUGGACUGUGUUUUCGUGGCGAAACAGCUAGCACGACAGGUAGCCAGACUUGUAACCGCCAAUGUUUUAGAUUCGAGUGUUCUGAAUUGCCUCAUGUUCGCCUACGAAAAAUUAACUUUUUGUUCACAACGAGUAGAAAGUGAGGAAACGGGUUACAGAGCAGCUUUACUAAAUUCUGGUGGCCGUGGACGACCUUCUUACCAGAUCAGUAGAGAACAACUGGUAUAUUUUCUUAGAGAACGAUUUUCAAGAAGAGAGGUAGCAGACAUGUUACGCGUUUCGCUAAGUACUGUGGCUUGUAGGAUUCGUGAGCACGGUUUGGUAAACCUAUUACCGUAUUCCACCAUUUCCGACGAAGAUUUAGACGGCGUUGUUAGAGAUGUGCAGGCAUUGUUUCCCAACAUUGGAUAUCGUCGUAUGUUGGGUGAGCUGACCCGUCGGGGCAUAGUCAUCCAGCACGCAAGAGUAAGAGCAUCAAUGAUUCGAACCGAUCCAGAAGGCGCCGUACUUAGAUGGAUGGAUACUAUACAAAGAAGAUCCUACAGUGUUUAUGGGCCAAAUGCCUUGUGGCAUAUUGAUGGGCACCACAAAUUAAUAAGGUAGCGAUUAAGAAAAGGCACAUUGAUGUAUAUUUUUCACUUGUGGUCAUGUGUAAAUAAUGUUCAGUGCCCGGAGGAGGGGAAGCUCCAAUAUAAAGGUGACGGGAUGAUCGUCAGAAAUUUUAAAAAGAAUCAACUAUUACCCCUAAGAGGUACCAAUUCUAAAAGUUAAUUUGCUGAUAAGUAGUUCAAGACACAUUUUUCCCUGCUAAUACUCAAAAGGUACCCAGGCCAUUUAAAUGCUGGUAGAUGCAUUUUAGAAUCAAAGACUCUAAGAGGUAGCAAACGAUGUAUUUGAAACCCUGAAACCCGUCACUUUUAGGUAUAUGGAACUCCUCCACCCAGCGGAUGGGGGCUCGGUGGUUCUUGGCCUGUUUACAUACACCGGUGAUUUUUUAAUGUACAUGUACCAUUUGUCGCAAGUGUAAAGUAGCAGGGAUUUCAGCGCCCAUGUGUAAACCCGCCUCGAGGAAGAAAAAUUGCAUCAUAUAUGUAUUUAUGGCUCAUGGUACAAAAGUAAUGCACAAAAGAAAACCUCAACUACACCAACCCUACAAGAGAAAACUGAACUGCUUAACUUCAUAGUCGACAGAUAAAAUCAGGAAACUUGGCUGCUAACGCUAUUGGUGGUUUCCACUGACGUCAUAUCAAAAUUCAGAAGCAUAAAAUAACAGAUUUUGAUCACAAAAAUGUUUAUGGAAUUGUAGAGGGUUUAAACCUACACAUCUUGGCCAAAUUUUGAGUUACAGGCAAGUGAGUAUUACAUACUUUUAGUAACAAAUGUAUGGAGCAGCCAUGUUGGUGUCCCACUUUGGGACACCAACAUGGCAGCCAAAACUUUAAAGUCAUAAUUACACAAAAAAUCUCAUCAGAAAAGAUUGAAUUCACUAUAAAUUAGAUUAAAUUGGCUUAUAAGCAUCUACAAUGCAAAAAUAACUUUCAACUGGUCAAUUUUGUUUAUUUGAAUGGCUAUUCUUAAAUAACAUGAUGGAUUGUGCAACACAUUUGAAAUCUUCAUAAAUCAAUGUAAAACAUCUUGAGAACCUGAAGCUUUCUGUAUAUCCACAUACCAUGUUGGAAACGGCUUUGUGGGAGGUAUACUUGAGUUUUUUAAUUUUUAUGACAUCAUGUGAAAACCAAGAAUUCUGAUUUGGGAGUGUUGUCUUCGAAACUAACAUUAUUAAUUUCUUACUAAAACAUUAAAAAUCAGUCAUUGUAAAAAAAAGAGCUACCUUAUAUGCGGUUUUCCUUUACUUAUUUUCUUUUAUUGAAAAAGUGACCCUACAUGCUGGCAUGUUACAGGUACAAAGCAGUCUCAGUUCUUGAAUAUUAUUUGUUAGGUGGCGCCUCGUCAUACACGGAGGAGUGGAUGGCUACUCAAGGAUCCCUGUGUUUUUACAAUGUUCUGACAACAAUCGUGCCUCAACAGUCCUGAAUCUUUUUGAGAACGCUGUAGAAAGUUAUGGCCUUCCUUCUCGGGUAAGAGCGGACAAAGGUGGGGAAAAUGUGGAAGUGUCUUUAUUCAUGCUUUCACACCCUGCAAGAGGCCCUGGGCGCGGAAGCAUGAUAACAGGAUCAUCAGUCCACAACCAAAGAAUUGAAAGGCUGUGGCGGGAUAUGUUCACUGGUGUAGUUGGCCUUUACUACAACCUCUUUAGUCAUUUGGAGGGCACAGGGACUCUGAAUAUAGACAAUGAAAUCCACAUAUUUUGUUUGCAUUACGUGUACCUUCCCAGGGUCAACAAUCAUUUAAAUGUAUGGAAAGAGGGUUGGAUCAGAAAACCAAUUUGUACAGAAAAUAGCAUGACACCAAGACAACUUUUCAUAUCUGGUAUGAUGAGAAUAGCUGGAAGCAGUCAUACAAUUGCUAAAGAAAUGUUUGAAGAUUUGAGAGAGGUAAGAAGCCAAAAAUAUCUACAUCUCUUGAACAAACUUGGCAGUCAGUGGCAACAAAACUGUGGUACAUCAAAGGAACCAAGGGAAGUUUGAAGUUGUCUUAGCAUGCCAAAACUAUGCUUCAAGUUUUCUUUAAGAAAAAAAAAAUUGAAUCAAAUAGUUGUGUUCUUUAAUUGACAUUGCCCUGUUGCACAGAGGAAAACUUAGUGAUUGUAAAAGCAUGCAGAUAUUUGUAGUCAUAGUGUCCUUUUUUUGGGGGUAGUUACAAUGGGAAGUGGUCGCCCUUACCCAAGAAAUUAGCAUUAUAUCAGUGCAAACAGAAGUCAACCAAUCCUUGUAUGCCAGUUUUACAAGGAAUUAUGCUGUUUUAAUAGAGAACAUUUAUCACCCCAGCCUCCCCCUGAAAAAAAAAACAACAACAACAACAACAAUAAUAACAAAAUAAAAAAAUAUAUAUAUAGUUACUGAAUAAAAACUGAUUGUGUUGCAUAAUUUUCAGGAUGAGGUUGAGCAAUAUGGUCUAGAUUGGGAUGGUCCAUUGCCAGAGUCAGAUUCUGAUGAAAUGAUUGAAUUGCCCUUGACAGAGUGCCCACUGAAUCUACAAGAAACACAAGAACUGAAACAAGCCAUAGACUCACUGAGGAACAGUGACUGUUAUGGAAUUGAUAUUUUUAUUCAAACUUUAAUGUUUGUUACUUCACGUCUUGCAACAUGA